AUGGAGCCCAUCAACGCCGUGCUGGCGGGACUCAUUUUCAUCGUGUCCGUCGUGUACCUGUUUGUGCGCAGCAAGCACAACUACUGGAAGGACCAUGGAUUUCCACACGUUCCGAACCCGCACUUUCUGUUCGGACACGCCAAGGGACAAGGCCAAACGAGACACGGGGCCGACGUUCACCAGGAGUUGUACUUGGAGUUCAAGAGGCGCGGGGAGGCUUUCGGUGGCUUCAGCCAGUUUGUGAUACCGUCCGUGAUAGUGGUCGAUCCGGAGCUGAUCAAGACGAUCCUGGUGAAGGAUUUCAAUGUGUUCACCGAUCAUGGUGUGUUCGUGAACGCUAAGGAUGAUCCGCUGUCGGGACAUCUAUUUGCGCUUGAGGGUCAACCAUGGCGUGAGUUACGUCAAAAGCUUACGCCGACGUUCACCUCCGGGCGCAUGAAGCAAAUGUUCGGUACGAUCUGGGAUGUGGCGCGUGAGCUGGAGCAGUAUAUGGAGGAGAAUCACCGUCAGCCGGAGGUGGAAAUGAAAGAUAUCUUGGGACGCUUUACCACCGACGUGAUCGGGACGUGCGCGUUCGGCAUUGAGUGCAACUCGUUACGAGCUCCCGAUUCAGAGUUCCGCAAGUACGGAAACAAGGCGUUCGAGUUGACACCGGGGAUUAUGUUAAAAACGUUCCUAGCAUCAGCUUACCCAAAACUUAUCCGAAUGUUACACAUGAAGAUAACGUACAACGACGUUGAAAAGUUUUUCAUGGAUAUCGUACAAGAAACGGUUAACUAUCGCGAAGGCAACGACAUCAAGCGGAAUGAUUUUAUGAAUCUGUUGCUGCAGAUCAAGAAUAAGGGUAGACUAGAUGACACCGAUAGUAAUGCCAGUGUAGGGAAGGGUGAGGUCGGUUUUACCCAGAAGGAACUGACGGCGCAGGCUUUCAUUUUCUUCCUGGCCGGUUUCGAGACAUCUUCAACGACUCAAAGCUUUUGCUUGUACGAGUUGGCGAAGAACCCGGACAUACAGGAACGUCUCCGGCAGGAAAUCAACCGUGCUAUCGAGGCGAACGGUGGUGAGGUGUCUUACGAUACGGUGAUGAACAUCCCCUACUUGGACCAAGUGAUCAAUGAAACGCUGAGGAAAUAUCCACCCGUGGAGUCGUUGAAUCGAGUUCCAUCCGUGGACUACACAGUUCCUGGUACGAAGCAUAUUAUUCCAAAGAGAACGCUGGUACAAAUUCCGGUCUACGCCAUCCAACGUGAUCCCGACCACUACCCUGAACCUGAUCGCUUCAACCCCGACCGGUUUCUGCCGGAGGAAGUGAAGAAACGUCACCCGUACGUGUUCUUGCCGUUCGGCGAAGGACCAAGGAUUUGCAUUGGAUUGCGGUUUGGCGUGAUGCAGACGAAAGUGGGCUUGGUAACUUUGUUGCGUAAAUUCCGCUUCUCUCCCUCCGCUCGAACGCCGGAGCGGGUUGAGUUCGAUCCUAAAAUGAUCAUUCUGUCUCCGAGCCAGAAAAACUAUUUGAAGGUGGACAGAUUAAUAGACAUUUAG